CGCAGAUUUGUCUUUGCCCAUUUCCGUGAGGGGCUAGAUCAGAUUAGACGGGAGAGCCUACAAUUCAGUCCUGCAUAUAUCAACAAUACGUUGCUGUGUUUAUCUCCCCGUGGCACGGCAGAAAUUCUGUCUUUCUCCGUUCAAAGACAGAGAGAGGAGGGGAAGAGCCUAACGCGAAGCCGGUUUGUGAACAGGAUUUGCCAGAUCAAACUGAGCUUAGCUCACAGUGAGAUUGCAAUACUUUUCUAAGCAAAUAAGGCAUCAUGAAGACUUCAGACAUUUUUCUUCUGCCCUCGGUGCUUCUCCUGUUCCUUUUUAAAUGCUGCCUAGCGCAAAGUGAAUCUGACCUCAUAGUAACAACAAGGUUGGGCCGUGUGCAAGGUGUACGCUUACCUGUUCCAGACCGGAAUCAUGUGGUUGCUUUCUUGGGGAUCCCAUAUGCCGAACCUCCUCUCGGGAAGAGGCGCUUUAAGCAAGCAGAGCCGAAAAAGCCAUGGAAUGAUGUGUUUGAGGCAAAAGACUACCCUAAUGCCUGCUAUCAGUACAUAGACACGUCUUACCCAGGCUUUCCAGGCACUGAGAUGUGGAACCCCAACAGAAUGAUGAGCGAGGACUGCCUUUAUAUCAAUGUGUGGGUGCCUCCUUCCCCUAGGCCACAAAACCUCACAGUGAUGGUCUGGAUAUAUGGUGGUGGCUUCUCUAGUGGUUCCUCCUCUCUUGACGUUUACGAUGGCCGGUACUUGGCAUACACUGAAAAGGUAGUGGUUGUAUCUAUGAACUAUCGUGUUGGCCCUUUGGGAUUCCUUGCACUUAAUGGCUCAUCAGAAGCACCGGGAAACAUUGGUCUUUUUGACCAGAGAAUGGCCCUCCAGUGGGUACAAGAUAACAUUCACUUUUUUGGAGGUAACCCCAAACAGGUGACCAUUUUUGGAGAAAGUGCCGGAGGAGCCUCAGUAGGCUUGCAUGUUCUGUCACCAGACAGUCGCCCAUACUUUACACGUGCCAUAUUGCAGAGCGGAGUUCCUAACACCCCCUGGGCUACUAUUAGCUACGAUGAGGCCCGUCGGAGGACCACCUUGCUGGGCAAGCUGGUUGGCUGCAGUGAGGGUAAUGACACUGAGCUGAUUGACUGCCUGAGAAACAAACAUCCACAAGAACUAAUUGAUCAGGAGUGGCAAGUGCUCCCAUACAGCAGCCUAUUCCGCUAUUCCUUUGUACCUGUCGUAGACGGUGUGUUCCUCCCUGACACCCCAGAGGCCAUGGUCAAUGCAGGAAACUUCAAAAACACUCAGAUCCUGUUGGGUGUAAAUCAGGAUGAAGGAUCUUAUUUCUUGAUUUAUGGCUCACCAGGAUUCAGUAAAGACAACGAGAGUUUGAUAUCACGAGAAGACUUCCUUGAAGGUGUGAAGAUGGGCGUUCCUCAUGCUAAUGAAAUCGGCUUGGAAGCCGUUAUACUUCAGUAUACAGACUGGAUGGAUGAGAACAACCCUAUAAAGAAUCGAGAUGCCAUGGAUGAUAUUGUAGGAGAUCAAAAUGUUAUCUGUCCUUUACUGACCUUUGCAAAGUCAUAUGCCCAGCACACAGCUGUCCAUAUCCAACCAGGAGCAGUCCCAGGGACCCCGGGCUGGGGAAACUCUGGAUCAACAGGCUAUAACAGUGGCAACUCUCAUGGAUCUGUGUACCUUUACUUGUUCGACCAUCGAGCCUCAAACCUGGCCUGGCCCGAGUGGAUGGGAGUAAUGCAUGGUUACGAGAUCGAGUUUGUGUUUGGCCUGCCUUUAGAAAAAAAGCUAAAUUACACAGCGGAAGAAGAGAAACUCAGUCGACGUAUGAUGAAAUACUGGGCCAAUUUUGCACGCACUGGUAAUCCGAACAUGAACACUGAUGGCACCAUAGACAGUCGAAGGAGAUGGCCUCAGUUUACAGUUACUGAGCAAAAGUAUGUAGGUUUGAAUACAGAGCCAAUGAAGGUGUACAAGGGACUAAGAACACAGGUUUGUGCUCUGUGGACCCGAUUUCUGCCCAGACUGCUUAACAUCACAGACAACAUUGAUGAUGUUGAGCGACAGUGGAAAGUGGAGUUCCAGCGCUGGAGCUCUUACAUGAUGCACUGGAAGAGCCAGUUCGACCAUUACAGCAAGCAGGAGCGCUGUACAGAUCUCUAGAUUAUUCUGACAUAAAUGUUUAAGAGCGCAAAUCAAAGAAGCGAAGAUUGAUGACCAUAUUCCUUAAAAUUCUCCUUUCAAAAUGGCAAUAGUUGCCACAGCUCCACAAAACCUUCUCUUUCGUUACUAUCUUUAAGUAGGCAUGAGAAUGAAUCUGUGAAUGUUGCACUUACCUGUUUUGUGCAUAGUUUUAUUUUCCUCUCUAUGUAGUUUAUUGUUCUUCUCACAAUUAUAUUACAUGUAUAUACCGUUUAUACACACACAAGCUGCUAUGACAGAUUAAGUGCUAUGGUCAUCAAAUAUAUCAGAAAAAAAUGUUAUAUUUGCGAUAUUACCUCUGAAAAGUGAGUCUCUACGUCUAUAUUUUCCACUGGAACCUCUCAUUUACUCCGGUCCUCAGGAUUCCACAUUUUUUUAGAUUCGUUACGUUCUUGCAGGCUUCAAUUAUGGCUGCUUCACCGUGUGUCUAUCUGUCCAUUAAUCUCCAUUCUGCAUCCACCAUAUCCGUUCAGCAUUUCGUGUAGUCCUUUGUCAUGUGAACUUGUCUGCUGUCUCUGGGCUAAUUCAACACAGCCAGUUUUGCAGACAUCAGAAGGUGUUUAAUUUCAUGUAUGCUGGCUAAACUUACUGAUUCAUGUUUCUGUGUGGGCAAGUGUGUGUGAAUAUACGAAAUUGUAAACUUGUUUUAAUUUCGAUUGAUACACACAUUGCAUGCAUUCUAGUGCCCACGGCAUGACUAUUUUUUUUAUGUACAUAUGCUUGUGUGUGUGAGAGAGAGAGUAUGUUUACCAUAUAUCCACUGCAUAGGUCAGUAUAUGUGUUGAUAUGUAUAAUACCACUCCUCUGCUUUGUUCCGACUUCAUAUGGGCAUUGUACGUUUUAUUCUAGAAAGAAAAAGAGCAUGGUUAGUAUGAGUAAUGUUGUCUGUGUGCCAAGGGGUCAAUAUCAUUUUUUACCUCUGCAGUCUCCCUCUCUUGAUGGGAAAGGAUUCUCAUUACGAUAAUGGAGGGAGAGUAAUUUACUUAGUGCUCAUUUGAAAUGACAGCCCGCUGUGUCAGCUAUACCCCCAGCCCCACCUUCACCCUCUUUUGAUGCAGUGGGAGGAUGAUAACGGAAAACACAGGCAAAGUAAAGAUGUGAAGGCAAAAAAUACAGGGUUACAAAAGCCACUCCUGUUACAUGUUCUAUAUUUAUUUUUAUCUUUUUUAAUUUAAAUUAUUUGCAUGUUUGCAUCAAGUGAAGUUGGCUUAUAUAUUUGCAUCAAAAAUCAUGUUUUUAGUGUGCAUACAUCAAAGAAAAUAUUUUAUUUGUGUGUAUUUAUUACAGUUGUGGAACUGCAUACAUAUAUUUGCCUGUAAAUCUGGAUCAAACAUUAUUUUGUAUUUUACAGUGUGAAUGUAUCAUCUGUUCUCAUAUACACGGUCCCAGUUUGCAUUUCAUGUUUAUUAUUUACCUGCUGAAUUUGUAAAUGUCUGUUUAUGCCCGUCAGCCUGUUUUUACCAAACCUAUAUCAGUGUAUUCAUGCAGUACUAUUUAUCAACCGUUUUGGUGACACGGUGAAAGGGAUCUGAGUCUCUUGUUUGUUAUGCGAGACGAUGUGUUGAACGGGUCUUUGAUCACUCAAAACAAUAGGCUGUCAUUAAGCAUUCAGCCUUUAAAUAUGACUGGAAUAAUGUUGUUUACUAAAAACAUGUCAUUUAAAAUAAAAUAUCUAUACUAGCUAUAGGAAAUGGCAUGCAAGAAAAUAACAUUAUGUUAAGGACAGCUGCUUUUGCACUUCUUGUCAAGUUAAAAGCCCACAUAUCUUAUCCACUUCAUGAAAUCCACUUGUGCAUGCCCCAGACCCCUCCUUUUCCUCUGUGUUCUGUGGUUUAAAAUGACUGUUAUCCUCUCUGACAAUAUCAGUGCUUAUGUCUAUUGUUAAUGUUACAGUUUAUAGCUAUACAAAUAUUAUGAUAGCCCAGAGAGAUAUAUUGAUGUUAGCAAUAACAAAAUACACUUGUAAAUGAAUAUAGUUAUUUGAAUGCAUUGAUGCUGUAAUGUAAUUGUCUUGAUUGAUUAACAAAAAAAAUGAAACAAAAAAUUUGACAACAUUGAUCAUCAAAGCAAUAUAGAGUGCCAUAUGCUAUCUUACAGAUAUUUUUAAUGUGUGAUCACUUUUGUUUGUCUGCAUUUCUUUAACUUUAAACAUGUCAUUGCCAUAAAGUCAUUUUAGGCUAAUUAUUAUUUGUCAAAUGUUGCCAACAAGGAUAUCUGCCUUUUAAUUACAUUUCAAAAUAUGUCUCCUACAAAUCCAUACAGUUGUGUCACAGUUGUAUUCUGUUCUUCUACAUAGAUGUUAUAAUAACACUAAUUGUUGUUCUUGUUAUUUAUUUUUUAAUUAUUUGGUCCAGAUAUUGCUGUCAAAUUAGUGCCAAACAUGUAAAUUGACAGCAUCGUGCAAAUCUUCUGCAUGGUGUUAAAUGUCAUAUCCGCCAUCUCUGGGCACCAUAUCAGAAGCUGUCAAUGCAACAUCAAUAAACAGUUAAAAAUCAAAUUUAA